AUGGCUGCCGCUAUUUCAGACAAAAAUGCCUUUCAAAGGGCUCUCAGGUCGGCCAGACACAUUGUUGUGCUUGCUGGAGCUGGUUUAAGUGCUGCUCUUCCUGACUCUCAUCAACUUUAUCCGCUUCCCUCUCCUUUUUUAUAUCUUACAUUCUUCGUUAUGGCCCAUUUCUCCAAUGCGUCACCCAAACUUUACGUAUCAUCACCACCAUACUAUUCGCGUAGAGUCGGGGGUGCCGGUGAGGGCGGACUUUGGCGCACACACGAUGCCAUGAGUUUGGCCACGCCCCGGGCAUUUAGAGCUAAUCCAAGUCGCGUCUGGCAGUUUUAUCACUACCGCCGCGAGUUGGUCUUGACAAGAGAACCGAAUCGUGCACAUAAAGCACUAGUGGCAUUCGAACAGAAAAUUCUCUCACAAGCCAAUUCGCAGUCUUCUGAUACUCCGGCUCAAACCUUUGCCCUCAUUACCCAAAACAUCGAUGGCCUUUCGGCUGGCGUUCAAAACCUCAUUGAAAUGCACGGUAUGCUGUUCAAAAAUCGAUGCACGAUCUGUGGAGACGUUCGCGAAAAUCGCGACUCUCCCAUCGUGCCAGCGUUGGCAGGUACAGAGAAUGAGGAAGCGGAGAGAGAGAUCGCGUUAGAAGACCUGCCCAAGUGUGGAGAGUGUGGUGGAUUGCUUAGACCGCAUGUCGUCUGGUUUGAAGAAAGCCUGGAAACGAGCGUGUUGGCUAGAAUCCAACAGGAACUGCUUAGGUGUGAUCUGCUUAUGAUUGUCGGAACGUCAGGGCUCGUGUACCCAGCAGCGGGAUUUCGCCAUGCUGUGAAGAUGCGAAAUCCUCAAACUGUAGUCGCCAACUUCAACAUAGUGCCGAUGGAGAGGGUCGAUGAGUCUUUGGAGACUGGAAUAGACUUUGAAUUUAUAGGCCCGUGUGGACAAACCCUACCCGAAGCCCUCGAUGUCGAAGAAGAAGUCAACAGAAU